AUGGGAGACUUCAACUACCAGUACAAGGAUCGUCGAGUCGAUGGCACCCUCACCAGUGCACCAGUAGAAUGGACCGAUCUACUCGAUGAUUACUUUAUUGACGUUUUUGGGGAAGACAAACACAACACAUGGCAUAGUGGAAGCAAUUCAGGGAUUCUGGAUUACAUCUUUUGUAGUUCAAACGCCCAUCAUCUAGUCACUAGCACCAACCAGCAGUAUCUGUCUCCUGCCUGGACCGACCAUGAACUCUUGGGAUUCUCUUUUCGAUAUCAAGAUGCGAAUGGCCGUGGCCCUGGUAACUGGAAGGCAAAUCCGUUCUUGGCUUGCAACAAAACAUUUAGGAAGGCAUUGGCAGAAUUCCUCAUUGAUAGUGAGGCGCGUCUGGCAGAAAUCAAGCGUUUCUCCACUCCCCAACAACAAUGGGAUUGGAUCAAAGCCGAAGUAAAGAUGUUUAUCAAACAGUAUCAAAUGGAGGAUUUGAACUGGCGGAAACAACAGCUACACCGACUGCUAUCAAAGAGAAACAAGAUGAUGCGGCAUAAGAAGACAAGAGGCUUGGUGUUUCAAGGCUUGGACACGGUUAAUCAACAGAUUCAAUCUCUCCAGCACUCUCUUGCAGAAAUAGAGAUCUUGAAGGCAGGAAAAUUUUGGCGGGAACAUGGUGAGAAAUCUCCAGGCUUCCUGAAGCGCUCUGUGGUGUCUCGAGAAAAUCGUCGUUCAAUUGUGGAACUCAGGAACCCUACAACUGGCGAUCUAUGUCAAGAUCAACCUAGUAUCUCCAACAUUGCUACCAACUUUUACACUUCACUGUUCACACCGGAGGCUCUGGAUUCAACCUCCCUCAGUGUUAUAAUUCGCAACAUCCCAGGUCAUUUGAAGCUCAACAGCGAGCAGCAGGAAUCAUUGAUGAUGCCGAUUGAUGUGGAGGAACUCUUGACCGAUAGCAAGCAGACUCGUCGUUUGAGUAGUCCUGGACCUGAUGGAUUACCUUAUGAAAUCCUGUACUUGGUAAUGAAAUUUCCACCGUUCCAUGAUCUCAUCCAAUUAGUCUACAAUGAAGCUUUAAAGAAGGGUAAGUUCCCGCCAUCUUGGAACGAAUCCGUCAUGUGUCUGCUUUACAAGAAAGGCGAUCCAGCUGAAAUGAAGAACUACCGUCCUCUGUCUCUGGCUAAUUCAGACUACAAGCUCUUCACUCGCAAUAUCAACCGUCGAAUCAUGGAAGUCUCUUCCAACUUGAUCAGCCGACAUCAGCUUGGGUUUAUUCCUGGUCGAUUCAUUGCUGAAAAUGGAAUGAUCUGCCAGCUCCUAAUGGAAGAUGCUCAACGGAAAUGGUCCAUCGCUGAACAACAGGAAAAUGAUCCUUCCUUUAACACUUUGGAUUAUGACAUCGGUCUUCUUCUGGAUCAAGAAAAGGCAUACGAUCGGGUGAACUUGGAAUAUUUGAGGAAGGUAUUGGGGAAAUUUGGGUUUCCUCGCCCUAUUAUCAAGUGUAUCUCCAAGUUGAUGGGUGACAACCUCAUACGUAUCAACAUCAAUGGCCAUCUGUCAACUGAAGUGGCGAAACUUCGAGGCUUGAAGCAGGGGGAUCCUCUCUCUCCUGUACUGUACAACUUGGCAUUUGAACCUUUUCUGCUUGCAAUCCUGCAUGAUCGCCAAUUUCAAGGCUACUUGAUGGGUACUGCACGAACAAAACUCCUGUGCUAUGCUGAUGACGCUUUGGUGUUUAUCCAUGACUCCAAUGAUUUGACUCGGUUACAGCUCCAUAUGGCUCGUUACUGUGCUGCCUCCAACGCCAAGUUCAAUAAUGCCAAGGUGGAAGCCUUUUCAGUGUCUGGUCGGGAUACAUGGGAUAUGUGGGAUGGUCCAUUAUCACAAAUGGGUAUCACACAUCUCCAUUCUGUUGAGGACGAUGAACCGUUGACCUAUCUGGGAUUUCCUCUCGUCCAAAGUAGGAUUCAGCGAGUUCACUUUAUGGGUGCUUUGGUAACAAAGAUCAAAACUGCCAUCCAGAUUCAUUCUGGUCGCUCCCUGUCGGUCGUUGGAAAGGCUACAGUGCUGAACUCUCUUUUGCUCUCCAAGCUAUGGUACAUCCUGCGUGUUACGCCUUUGACUCAAGCUGACUUCAAGCAGCUGCGUUCUCUGGCUAUUCAGUUCUUGAGAAGAAACAUCUUCCCCGUCAUCCCUUGGAAGGUGUGGACUCUACCAAAGGACAAAGGUGGUCUCGGUGUUGUAGACAUCCAAAUACAAGCUUCAGCUUUGUAUUUUCGUUGGCUCCACCCAUUACUGGUUCAAGAUCAAGAUGUCAUAGAUUCCCAUCCUGUGUCGUACCUCUUAAGCUACCACAUUCGCAAUGUUAAUGGUUACCCCCACCAUCAAAUCCCGCUGCUAUUUCCCUCUGCUCGUCGUACUAAGGGGUUGAAAAAGCAACGCACGGGAACUGUCGAUAUGUUAUAUCGUACAGUUGACUAUCUUCCUAAGUUGUUUGAUGCGGCACCGAUCAAUUCUGCAACUGCCAUGGCUCUUCCAUUACAGGCGGCUUUCUAUGUUCCUCCAUCCUCCUCACUGGUUGUUCCUCUUAAAGUCAAAGAGAUGAUGGUUUCUGAUGUAUUUCAGUACGAUGCCCUGCUUAACUUUGUACAUUGGAGAGACACUCGUGACCCUUCCCUCCUCAGGUGGAAGAGAGCUCCUUCAACAGUGUUCAGAGGCCUCGCAUCUGGCACUCUUAAAUUCCAGCCCUACUUCCUCCCAGUGUGUAAUCCAGCCCCUGUAGUAGAUCCUGGAGUCUCUUUUGCGCCGCUGGUGGAUCAAUUUUGUCUGCACGAUGGCCAAUCUCUUAGAAACGCUCAGGCUUCCGCCAAAACAUUUCGUCUGUCUGUACUGUCGUCGGUGGAACAGCCCUUGGUCUUGCAAAAUGUCUCUGCUGCUAAUUGGAAAUUCUUUUGGUCCCUGUCUCUUACCUACAUUCAACGUAAUGUGAUAUACCGAUUCAUCGCAGGCUGUAUCCCUUCUAGAAGCAGAUUACACUACAUGAUGCCUGCAUUUUUCGAGUCCCACAAUUGUCCUGUCUGCUUGUCUCCCAAUGAAACUGCCAGCCACCUGCUCUUUGACUGUCCAUCCAAAGAAAAGGUAUGGCAAGGCGUCAUUUUUGAGUUCCUAUGGCCCACCACGUCCAUCACUGACAUCAAAGAGGCUCUUCUGUCCCUGGACUUUUCAGAUAUCUGGUACUCCCAAGUCAAAGGCAUCCAUCCAUACAGAAUCCUACUCAUCACCCUGUCUCAAAUAUGGCUAGCCCAUAUGCGCUUUGUUUUUGACGGCACUAUCUUUGUCCCUGAGGCGAUUCUGGUACAUAUCCACUCCACUGUCCGACAGACAGUGGAUGAAGAUCAAAUCCAUUCCCUCUUGUAA